CUCAGCAUGGAUGGAGACGUGAUCAUCGGAGGGAUCUUCUCUUUCCACAACAGCUGGACAGAAAGCAAGCCCUCCUUUACCAUAGGCCCAGAGCGCCCACAGUGCAAAAGUUUAAGCCUCAGAGAAUUCCAGAAUGCUCAAACUAUGGUGUUUGCCAUCGAAGAAAUCAACAACAGCACCACUCUCCUUCCCGAUGUGCGACUGGGAUAUAGAAUCUAUGACUCAUGUGGUUCUGUGGAAUUGGCAGUAAGAGCCGCCUUAUCCUUGAUCAAUGGCCAAGAAGAAAACACUACAUCCAACACCUCGUGCACUCAUCCAGACACUGUUCAGGCCAUCAUAGCAGAGACCUCGUCUACUCCUACAAUUGCCAUAUCUGCUGCAGUGGGCCCCUUAUACAUGCCUGUGAUCAGUCACUUUGCCACUUGUGCAUGCCUCAGUGACAAAACGAAGCAUCCGUCUUUUUUUAGAACAAUACCUAGUGACUUCUACCAAAGCAGGGCACUGGCCCAAUUAGUCAAGCACUUUGGCUGGACCUGGGUUGGAGCUCUAUGCAGUGACAACGACUACGGCAACAAUGGAAUGAUCACUUUCAUACAAGCGGCCAGCGAAGAGGGAGUUUGUAUUGAGUUUUCAGAACCAUUCUUCAGGACAAACCCCAGAGCAGACAUACUGAGAAUUGUGGACAUUAUUAAAAAAGCCACAUCGAAAGUUAUUGUGGCGUUUGUCUCGUAUUCUGACAUGGAGGUGUUAUUGAAGGAACUCGCCCACGAAAACAUUACUGGUCUGCAGUGGAUCGGUAGUGAAUCCUGGAUUUCCGACAAGAAUAUUGCCACAGGUCAAUGGCACAAUAUUUUACAAGGGUCUAUGGGUUUUGCCAUUCCGAAAGCUACAAUAAAGGGCUUGCGAGAGUUUCUCGUUAAUCUUGACCAGUCCACAGACGUGCCUCUUUAUCAGGAGUUGUUAGAGACCGUGUUUGGAUGUCAGCUGAAAAGAGACAGCAACUCAGACCAAGUUGAGUGCAGUGGUACUGAACGCCUGAUUGAUGUCGACAACCAAUACUCAGAUGUAUCUGAUCUGCAAAUUGCAAACAAUGUCUAUAAAGCUGUGUAUGCUGUUGCUCACGUUUUGGAUGACAUGGGCACCUGCUCAGGAGCAGAUAGUGGACUCAACUGUAUGAAAUCCACAGAUGAACUCAGGCCAUGGCAGGUUCUUGAAAACAUCAGGAGUGUGCGUUUCUCUAUCCAAAGUGGAGAGAAUAUAUACUUUGAUGACAAUGGAGACCCCGCAGCAAGGUAUGACCUACUCAACUGGCAGCAUGGUUCCGACGGUGAAAUCAUUUUUGUGAAAGUGGGUUUCUACGAUGCCUCGAAAGAUGACCCUCUCCAGCUCCCUGAGACAAAUAGUGGCAUAGUGUGGACCCAAAACCAACAGGAGGUCCCCGUGUCUGUGUGCAGUGAGAGCUGUCCCCCAGGGACCAGGAAAGCUGUGCAGAAAGGGAGGCCCAUAUGCUGCUAUGACUGUAUACCGUGUGGAGAGGGAGAAAUCAGCAACGAGACAGAUUCAGUCACCUGCUUCCGAUGCUCACUUGACCUUUGGCCAAACACACAGCGAGAUGAGUGUGUCUUCAAGUCCACAGAAUAUCUGUCUUUUGGGGAGGUCAUGGGAAGAGUUCUUGUGGCCUUUUCCUUACUGGGCGUGUCAAUGACAUUGUGCACAGCUGUAGUUUUUGUAAUACACAAAGAAACACCAAUUGUUAAAGCAAACAAUUCAGAGCUGAGCUUUCUGCUGCUGUUCUCAUUAAAACUGUGUUUCCUCUGUUCUCUUACUUUCAUUGGUCGGCCCUCUGAGUGGUCCUGCAUGUUGCGUCACACAGCGUUUGGGAUCACCUUUGUUCUCUGCAUCUCCUGUGUUUUGGGGAAAACGAUAGUGGUGUUAAUGGCCUUCAGAGCCACUCUUCCAGGCAGUAAUGUCAUGAAGUGGUUUGGGCCUCUGCAACAGAGACUCAGCGUUCUUGGCUUCACUCUCAUACAAGUCCUCAUAUGUGUGCUCUGGUUGACUAUAUCACCCCCUUUCCCAUAUAAGAAUAUGCACCACUACAAAGAUAAAAUCAUUCUAGAAUGUGAUGUGGGUUCACCAAUAGGAUUUUGGGCCAUAUUGGGCUAUAUCGGACUACUUGCUCUGUUGUGUUUCGUCCUAGCUUUUCUGGCUCGUAAACUACCAGAUAAUUUCAACGAGGCCAAAUUCAUCACAUUCAGUAUGCUGAUAUUCUGUGCAGUCUGGAUUGCAUUCAUACCAGCUUAUGUCAGCUCUCCUGGAAAGUUCACAGUGGCAGUAGAGAUAUUUGCCAUACUGGCCUCUAGUUUCGGCUUACUUGUCUGUAUUUUCCUCCCAAAGUGUUAUAUCAUACUGUUUAAACCGGAACAAAACACUAAAAAAUACAUGAUGAAGAAAACGGCCAGUAAAGCUCUCUAG